ACCACAUUAGCAUGGGAUAAUAUUGACCGACUCGAAGAGACUCUUUCAGGUGAAGGCACGUCACACCGUGUAAACCGCAGAGCAGUACAGGCGAGACAUUUUGGCCCCCAUCCCCUCACUGAGCAGCCACCUGGAAUCAGUAAAAGUAAGCAAAGGAGUGUUGAGCCACUUGAUGUUGUUGCGCUACCCAUUUACAAUGCAGGUGAACGUCAAGGCCCUAAGCCAAGAGCAUAUGUUGAAGUAAACGACCAGGAAGCGUUAGAAAAUGCCCGAAAAAAAACCUUUUGUGGGUUUUACUGCGCCUACAUGCACAGAUGAACCAGAAAGUUAGUGGAUGGACUGGCUAUAACAUUUUGGUGCGCAACGAAAUUGAGGCUCGUCAAGACAAUAUCGGAUACCUCCCCACCAUUGAUGCACCUGCCACUAGCAUGUCAACUGUUCAUGAGAUUUUGGUCCGCUCCCAAAAGAUAAGAAAAGCUCUUGAACUGAAGAACAUAGUACUCGUAUUUGAUCAAGCUCUGUAUGCCAAGGCAACAGAGAUAGCUUGGAAACAUCCAGACAAGUUUUCAGAUAUUGUUAUUCGGAUGGUUGUCUUCCAUACAGUGUGCACACUUCUUUCCAUAAUCGGGAAGAGAUUCCAAGACGCUGAUUUAAGGGACGUUUGCAUUGAAUCAGGGGUAAUUGCUGAAGGUUCUGUGACAGGAGUUCUUGAAGGACGUAGAUACAACCGUGCUGUCAGGUUUCAUAAACUGAUGUAUGAAGCACUCCAAAGACUUAUCUGGAAAGGAUUUCAGAUGUGGGUAGAAGUAAAGUUCCCGGAGAAGAAACCGUUUAUCCAAGAUUUCUUUGCCGGAUUAAAACCUUUAUACGACAACCUGUGCCAAAAGGAACAACAAAGGGUCUUGGAUAGUCAAAGUUUCCCAGAGUUUAUCACACUGUACGAUAUGUACCUUGACUAUCUAAGCAAUAACAACGGGAAACUAUCUAGUUUCUGGAUGUCAUACAUUGAUCUCGUUGGCAUUCUGCUGAAUAUAGUGAGAGCAUCAAGAGAAGGACAUUGAGAGCUACAUUUAUCAGCCAUUGAACAAAUGAUACCAUGGUGCUUUGCCUAUGAUAAUGUAAAUUAUGCCCGCUAUUUACCUGCAUACCUGUCUGAGAUGACCCACCUCGAAGAGACCCAUCCUGAGGCUCAUGAAUUUCUUAAGUAUGGUGGAUUCUCUGUCCAGAUCGGCGACCAAAACCCCUUUGGUAGGGUUCCAGUUGAUCAAACAUGCGAGGAGACGGUCAAUAAGGACACCCAGACAGCCGGGGGCACCAAAUGCUUCAGUCUUAAAGCAGGAGCAGUUAGCAAGUAUUAUAUA